GGAAAUGGGCCGGCCUUGCAAUCAUAACCUCACAUUUUUUCUUUAAAACAAAAUUUUGUUAUUAUAUUAUGCAUAAUUAACAAGUUGAAGCCAAUGGAUAAUGGCGGUGGCCAUCUUCUUACCAAUGUCCAUAAAAUGAAACAACAAACAAAAAACGAAGAAGACGAAAUUAGGUUUAACUAACCUGAAAUCGGAGCCAGACACGUGGACGGUGAGAUGCUAACGCCUUUGAAGAGGCGAGCCGUCGCGUCUAUUGCAAGGCAGAUUUUUCAUUCACCGCCAAUAGAGAGUUCUUUUCCACGUGGCAACACGUGGCAUCUUCUUCUUUUUUCCCGGGCUCCUCCAAUCUCAUCAUAUUAAAAUGUUUUGUCUCUGCGAACAUACUAUCAAAGUUCCAAAAUAUUCGGAGGAUUCUUUUUUCUUCUUUUUCUUUUGUUCUUUUUAUUAUUAACCAGAUCUACGUAGUACGUACCAAUGUGCCUACCACUUUCCAAGAUUUGUUUUAAAAAAAAGACAGAUAUUUUGGCUAGUUUAAAAUGUGUACAAUGGUCAAUCUAAAACCGUAAGGAUCCUCAAAUCCUAAUAUUUCAUGAUAUAAUUUCCAAUCAAUAACCACCACGAAUUAGUUGAAGA